UUUCAAUAAGGACCUGGCGCUGGGAACUGAUGCAGAAGGACAGAAGGUGAAGGAUUCCAUGCGAGUGCUCUUGCCAGUUCUGCUCAACAAAAACCACGACAAUUAUGAUAAAAUACGAGCAAUCCUGCUCUAUAUCUUCAGUAAUAAUGGAACAACGGAAGAAAAUUUGGAUAGGUUGAUCCAGAAUGUAAAGAUAGAAAAUGAGAGUGAUAUGAUUCGUAACUGGAGUUACCUUGGUGUCCCCAUUGUCCCCCCGUCUCCACAAGGCAAACCAUCAAGAAAGGAUCGGUCUGCAGAAGAAACUUUCCAACUCUCUCGAUGGACACCUUAUAUCAAAGAUAUUUUGGAGGUAAAAUUCACUAAAUUUUACUUAUACCUUGAAUGGCCUCCUGUAGAGCAUUCUUAACUGUCUGUAGUUUAU